GCAGUCGUCGUCACGACGCCCCAGGCGCGCACACGUACGGCAGUUUUAGCCAAAGUCCCGGUGAUCUCUGAUCGUCGAAGCUGCGUCUACGAAUUAUCACAGGUAUUCAGAGGACUCUUCGAGUCGUCCGACGCUGAGAUCGGAGGACCAUGAGUCGAGAAGACGGCGGAGGGCGCAGUUUUCGUAGCUUCAAUCGACGACAGAGAUAAAAUAAGAGAGAAUUACGUUGCUUGGGUGUACUGUCGUCGAGGCGCGCUGCUGCGCGACUGAGAGACGAGUAAAAUGGACGGGCCCAAUCUGGGAUACUCGUACCAUUUACCUUCCGGAGGCUGGAACUUUAAAGUGCGAAACGCGCUGUCCCAAUGCAGCGAUAUUUUCAGCGAGUUCAACAAAUACAUAGCACCUGCGUAUCAUCACGACCGAUGCGAAAGGUCAGUGAAUAUGCGAUUGUACUCUAUGCACAAAAGAGAGUUUGUUAUGGUAAUAGUUGCAUUUUUCGCUUGUUUCGGACUAGCAGUAUUUAUUGGUCUCGCUGGACCUCCGAUAACAUCAACGUCGGAGCAAAAAGCACAUUUGAACGCAAGCGACAUGGCUACUGGUCCAUUUAUCAUGAACACACCAGCCUUAUCGACUUACAGUCAGCAGUUAUGGGUGAUAGCUAAGUUAUCGACGUCCAAUAACGACGACGAAAGAUACGACAAAAGUUUUCAAGUUAGUGUUUCGAUUGACGGUAUUACCGUCGAGCGCAAAGUCGAGCAUGUUUUAACACCAGAGGGCGGCCAUAACCGGACGAGGCAUCUAAAAUGCGAGAGACAAGCCUGCGAGGAGAUAGUUGUCGCACAUCUUGGGUUCCUCGAGUAUGGACACUAUAUUAUCACAGUCCGAUUUUUCGGACUAGAGAGCUUCCACCAACGCUACACUAUUCGGGAUCUUACUUUCUACUUCAAACAUUAUAAUCCGGCUUUCACGCAAAUCGAAAUCUGGUUUAGAUUGAUCUUCCUGCUGUUCACGUUUGUUGUAACGUGUUGGUUUGGAAACUCGCUAAGAAAGUAUCCCGUUCAAGACUGGUCUAUAGAACAGAAAUGGAUCUCCGUCUUAUUGCCUUUACUAAUACUUUAUAAUAAUCCGCUAUUCCCAACGACAUUCCUAAUGAAUUCAUGGUUGCCUGGAAUGAUCGAUGCCGUUUUGCAGACGACUUUUCUCUGUGCCAUAUUAAUGUUUUGGCUCUGUGUCUAUCAUGGAUUGAGACAGAAUGAGAGGCGAAUAGCAACAUUUUACUUGCCAAAAUUGUUAGUAGUAGGAUCUCUGUGGGGCGCGGCCCUAACGCUCGCAACAUGGUUGCGGUGUUCAGAACUUGAAGAUCCGACGUACAAUUAUGUCCUAGACACUUCAAAUUAUUAUGGUUUCAAAGUAUUCUUCUUCUCGGUUGGAGGAAUAUACAUAGCAUACCUCCUGUUAUUGGUGCUUCGAGCGUACAGCGAACUACGCUCUAUGCCGUACUUUGAUUUGCGACUAAGGUUUUUAACGCUAUUUGCCAGCAUCGUGGUCGGUGUCUCGGCUCUGGUGACAGCUCGACAAUUCGGCGCCGGGGUUCUUGAGGACAGUUUUGCCUCGAGAUUAUCAACGCACUAUCGAACCUCCGCCCAAUUCAUGGCCCUCUACGGGCUUCUGAACUUUUAUCUAUACACAAUGGCAUAUGUAUACGCACCAGGCGUGCAACAAGUCUACGGGCAACAUUCGUCGAUAACAAAGGACAACCCAUCGUUCUCGAUGAUCAACGAUUCGGACGAAGAGGUGAUUUACGGUUCUGACGAGGACAGCAGACGACCGCUGACGCGUGCGCCUCGCAACACGGACGACAGCGACUGAGAAAAUGAGUUACCUCGAAGAAAUUCAAUUUUUAAGAGAGCAGACUAAUAAUUAUGGUCGUCGGUCAACGCGUAGCACAGAGAAACAGACUAUACAUAAUACUAUUCUUGCAAGUACGUUAUUUCAAGAUGACGGGCGCCGAUUUAUUUGUUAUUUGAUACGCAGAUGCUUUUUUACGUGCGACGAUGAUGAUGAUGAUGUGAAACUCGACAGAAAGUGUAAAUAUAUAUAUAUAUAUAUAUUAAAAAAAAUAAAUAUAAUAUACAAUUGA